AUGCAAUCCGAAUCUUCAAGCUCCGAAGAACAAGUUACGGAUGGUGAUGAUGAUGACGAUGAUGAUGUGGAUUCACAAGUCUGGGGCGAAAUAGAAUCAGAAUCGGAACCUGAAUUCUCGGAGAAUUAUGGAAUGAUGGAAGAAGUACUGGCAAAUUCAAAUACAAUACAAGAAUUAAUAACAAUAGCUAAGAAAAUAUAUAUAGUGACAUUAUUUCCAUAUGAUUAUGAGAAGUUAAAUAUACAUUAUCUUCAAAUAGAACUGAUACAAGAUAAAAUAUCAAUUAUAAUAAAUAUUAACUUUUUUAAUGGAUAUAAUAUUGUGUUACCAGAAAUAGAUGAAUUAUUAUCGGUUAUUUUUCCUCUAUCAAAGUCAAUUCAAGUUUUAGAUACAUCAGACAGAUUUAGCUAUGGCCAUGGUUUCAAUUUAAUAUAUAGUCCACAUAAUAUGCAAAACUGUCAUUUUGUGAAUAUACAAAAUCUUUUUGAAAUAUGGUACAAUAAUACUUUUCAACAUAAUGAAAAUUGCGGUCAACUACUUGAUUAUAAUCAGAUAGAUGGUCCAUUAUGUACAUGUUCAUAUCGUCCACUAAAAUUUCCUAGUGAUCAAUGGUCUCUUAAAGAUGCUAUAGCAUAUGCAUUUCAAGAAAAUCUUAAUCAUACCAAUUUUCUUUUAUAUGAAUAA